CGGCCGACGACGCCGGGAUAAUCGAACCGCAUCAUUUGCACGAGGUUAUGUUUACAGUCGAUGUCUGUUGUCGUCAGCAUUGAAACCUGUGCUGUCUAUUUAUUGUUUUAUUUACAAAAAUAAGUGACUUAUAAUUUUGAAAUGUGAAUUUGUUUUAUUGUUAGUCGAUAAUCAUUGUUCCCGUCGUCGAGUUUUUGUUUAAAGUGUAAUUAAAAACUUUAUCGGUGCCAUGGCCGACGUACGCGAUAUUUUGGACUUGGAGACCCCGGCCGCCCCGGAGGUGACCAAGGAGGCAAUUUUAGGCAGCGACAAGAGGGCCCGAAAACGCCCGGAAAAUACGAGGACGUCGAAACGUCCCGAGGGCAUGAACCGCGAGGUCUACGCCUUGAUACGCCAGGACAACAAUGUCGUGCCACCGCUGUAUCCCACUGACACUGGAAAAGGCUACAGCAAGAUCAAAGCCAAACUGGGCAUGAAAAGGGUUCGAGCUUGGGAAUGGACGCCCUUUACCAAUCCUGCCAGAACCGAUGGAGCUACCUUUCAUCAUUGGAGGCGAGUGGUCGAUGCUGGAAAAGAAUAUCCCUUCGCUGGGUUCAACAAGAAAGUGCCUAUUCCAACGUAUACUCACACAGAAUAUGUACAGCAUUUAGUAACCAGUGGAUGGACAGAGGCUGAAACUGAUCAUUUGUUUGACUUGUGUAAAAGAUUCGAUUUAAGAUUUAUCAUUAUACACGACAGGUGGGACAAAAAAUUCACUGCGAGAUCAGUAGAAGAUUUAAAAAACAGGUAUUACCAAGUUUGUGCAAGUCUAAACAAAGUUAAAAACCAACAUGAAAAAAUCUACCACUAUGAUUAUGAACACGAGAAGAAAAGAAAAGAGCAAUUGAAAAAACUAUUUGAACGCACUCAAAAACAAGUAGAAGAGGAACAAACAUUGCUUAUAGAACUCAGGAAAAUUGAGCAACGUAAGAAAGAGAGAGAUCGCAAAACCCAGGAUCUGCAGAAGUUAAUUACUGCUGCUGAUAAUCAAGCGGAAACUAAGAAAAAUGAUAGGAAGUCUUCGAAAAAGACUAACACUACUUCUAGACAAAAAGUUAGCAGAUCUGACUCCACUAAUACUGGUAAAUUACAUGUGGCUGAACCAACUGGUAUUAAGUUUCCGGAUGUUAAAAAUAGUGGUGUUUCACUACGUUCUCAGAGGAUCAAACUACCUAGUAGUUUAGGACAGAAGAAGAUGAAAGGCAUAGAACAAACACUAGUUGAAUUAAACAUAGAUUCAAAUCCACCUCCGACUGAACAAAUAUGUCAACAAUUCAAUGAGUUGAGGAGUGACAUUGUUCUUCACUAUGAAUUAAAACAAGCUUUAAACACCUGUAACUUUGAAUUACAAUCUUUAAGGCACCAAUAUGAAGCAAUGUUACCUGGACAGACUCUAACGAUACCACCGUCCUUACUACCAGAUCAAUCAGUCAAUAAAACAGAUGCUGCAGGCUCAACAACUGGUGCGACUAAUGCAUAGUACUUUAAGUCAGUUUAAGCAAUUGUAAUUAUAAUUUUAUCAAGGAAUGUAUGUAUAAUAAUAAGUAAAUAAAAAACUAUAACAUUUAUUA